UAAUCGCCCAAUUUGAUUGGAUAAAAAUUUAACAUAUCAUCUAAUUUACAAAAAUUAUUCAAAAUUCUCAAUUUUAUAUAUAAAUAAUUUUUAAAUCAUUAGAUUUCAAGAAUUAGAUAUCAAAAAUAAUCAUUUCUAGAUUAUAUCAAAAAAAAUUUAUAAAUUAAAAAAAGUUAAAAAAUUUUAAUAUUUUUUUAUAACAUAUAUGCUACAUAUAUAUUACAUUUUUUUAAUUUAUUAUAUAUUUUUAAUUAUCAAUCUUUAACAUAAUAAAAAGAAAUUUUUUAUCAAUAUUUUAUAGAAAUGUUUAUAUUAAUUUGUGAUUAAUAUAUUUAACUUUAAUCAAGAAAUUUAUUUUGUGACAUUUAACCUGCAAUGUUAAUUUACGUUAUAUUGAAGAUAAAGUAAUAGUUAAGUAACAUAUGCGUCAUAUAUAUUUUGAAAAUGAUAUAUUAUUUAAUGUAAAUGCAUGUAUGAAUUAUAAAUUUGAUACAUUAAAUGUAAUAAAAUGAAUAAAAUUAAUAUGAUUAAUGUAAUAUUUAAUAAUGAUAAAAGAUCGUGUAAAAAAAUUUCAUAUAAAAAUUAAUUAAUGCUAUUAAUUAUAUAAAUGAAUUAAGCUAUUUAUAAAAUAUAAAUCAGAAAUUGCAAUAUAUUUUAAUUGUAAUAAAAUUAAAGAAAAAUGACGUUGGAAGAUGCACAAAAUGCAGCAAAAAAAGCAGUACAAUUUGAUGCUAAAAAUCAAUAUAAACAAGCUUUAUAUUAUUAUAAUAUGGCUGUAAAGUAUCUUUCAGAAUUACAAGAGUCCAUAUAUGUUCAGAAACUUUCUGAAUAUCGAGAAAGAAUAUCAACUAUAGAAAGCCUUAUUAAUGAAGAAGAACAGAAGCAUCAUAAGGCACAAUCUAUAGAUCAAUCAAAAUUACAAAAAUUUAAAUUUCUUAUGAAUCAAGCACAAGAUGCAGAUGAAGCUGGUUUAAAGAAUAUUGCUGUAAAAUUAUAUACAGAUGCUGCUGAACUUGGACUUAAUAUGAAAAUUAUUGAUACAGAAGCAAAGAUUAAAUUAACAGAUCUUAUAAAACUUGCCCUUGAUAGAGCAGAAUCUUUAAAAGGUUUAAAAUCUAUAGACAAUAAUGAUAUUCUUAAAACUCUUUCUAAAUUACCUUCGGUACCAGAAACAAGUCUGGAUGAAGAUGAAGAAAAAAUAUCACCUACAAUUAUAACAACAUCUGCUAUAAAUUCUAGUAAUACAGGAAAACAAAGUCGUCCAUCACUUCAUCGUGGAAGUAGUGUACAUUUAAAAGUAAGCGGUGGUAGUACUAAUUACACAGAAGAAGAAAAAAGAGUUUUGCUUCAUAGUUCCCAUAUUAAUGAUCAUGAAUUUGUACCUUUCAUGAGCAUUGAUCUUACAGAAAAGUUUCAGUAUGCUAUUCCAUUUACUGAUAAAGAUGGUUUGUUAGCAUUAGCACCAAAACAAAAACCUGAUUUUGCAAAAUGGUGUCGACCAGAAGAAUUAUUUUCUGAUCCAAAAAUGCUUAAAACAUCACAUGUUGAUUAUUACAGUAUAAGACAGACGGUUGUUUCUGAUUGUUCUUUUGUUGCUUCUCUUGCAGUUAGUGCUCAAUAUGAAAAAAGAUUUGGAUGUAGACUUAUUACAUCUAUUAUUUAUCCAAAAAAUAAAAACAAAGAACCAAUAUAUAAUCCAUUUGGAAAAUAUAUGGUGAAACUACACAUUAAUGGUGUUCCUCGAAAAAUUAUAAUAGAUGACUUAUUGCCUGUAAGUCGAUACAACCAAUUACUUUGUUCCUACUCUAGCAAUCAUGGUGAGCUGUGGAUUUCAUUACUCGAGAAAGCAUAUAUGAAAGUAAUGGGUGGUUAUGAUUUUCCUGGCUCGAAUAGUAAUAUAGAUUUACAUGCUUUAACUGGUUGGAUACCUGAAAGAUGGGCUAUAAGACCUAACGAACCAGAUUUUAAUAAAGAUAAUCUAUUUAAUGUUUUAUUAACGCGUUUACAUAAAGGAGAUGUAUUAGUUACAGUUGCUACUGGAGAAUUGUCCGAUUUGGAAGCAGAUAGAACGGGUCUUGUACCUACUCAUGCCUAUGCUGUUCUUGAUGUCAGAAAAAUAAAUGAAGAAAGAUUAUUACAACUUAAAAAUCCUUGGUCUCAUUUACGAUGGAAAGGAAAUUAUUCUGAACUUGAUACAAUACAUUGGACUAAUGAAUUAAAAGAAGCUUUAAACUAUGAUCCAGAUUCUGCAUCUCAGUUUGAUAAUGGAGUUUUUUGGAUUGAUUAUGAUAGUAUAUGUCGAUUCUUUGAUGUUUUUUAUUUAAACUGGAAUCCAGGUUUAUUUAAUUAUACUUAUUGCAUUCAUCAAAUGUGGAAUGCAGGAAUAGGACCAGUGAAAGAUGCAUAUAAUAUUGGAGAUAAUCCUCAAUUUUUACUGGAAAUAAGAAAUAAUGUUAAAGGAGCAAUAUGGAUUCUUCUUACAAGACAUAUUACAGAUAUAGCAGAUUUUAGACAAAAUCAAGAAUAUAUAACAAUAUUAGUUUAUAAAAAUGAUGGAAAAAGAGUAUAUUAUCCUCAUGAUCCACCACCAUAUAUCGAUGGUGUAAGAAUAAACAGUCCACACUAUCUUUGUAAGAUAAAAUUAGACACUCAAGUUGAUACUCGAUAUACUUUAGUCAUAUCACAAUAUGAAAAAACAAAUACAAUAUAUUAUACCUUACGUGCUUAUGGAUCUUGUGAAUUUUCAUUAAAAAAAAUACCAAAUUUUUAUAAAUAUGAAAAAGAGCUUACUGGCCAGUGGAAAGAUAUUACAGCUGGAGGAUGUAGCAAUCAUUCAACAUACCAAAAUAAUCCACGUUAUCAGUUGAUUUUAGAAAGUUCAAAUAAUAAUAACUAUUUGCUAAUUAUAUUAAAGGGACCUAAACAAUAUCAAAUAGGAUUUGAUAUUUUAACAGUUGUACUAAAUGAUUCUGAUGUAACUACUGCAUUUAAAAUGAAAAGCUCUGGUCCAUUUAGAUCGGGAUUUGUAUAUCUUGAAUUAGAAGAAGUACCAGCAGGUACAUACCAUAUUAUUCCAUCAACAUAUGUUCCUGGACAAGAAGGACAUUUCUUCUUAAUAUGUAAAUCAUUUUGUAAAUUACAACUUCAAUCACUUCAAUGAAAAAAUUAACGCAAAUACGAAUUUUAUUUAAAAAAAGAUUUUAAUAUAAUUAAUAUAUUUAAUUAUUAAUUUAUUUACAUUAGAAUGAGAAUAUUAGUAAAUUAUUUAUUUAAUAUUAUAUAAAAUUUUUCAAGUAAUAAAUCAUAAGUAAUUUUUUCUUGAAAAAAAUACAAAAUAUUUAUAUUUUCUAUUAUGUAUAAAUUAUUUAUGUAUAAAUUAUUUAAAUUAAUAUUUGAUUAAACUUCGAUUUGGAGCACUAUUUUUUUCAAUUUUUUUUUAUAAUUUAGUUAAAUAUAAUAUUUAAUAUAAAUACUUUUUGUGGAUAUAUAUUUAAUGUUUAUUUAUUAAAUUUAUAUGUUGUUAAAGUUUUGAAUCUUAGAUGAUUUACUUUAUUUAGAUUUAUCCUUAAAAAAUUUGGAUGCAUUCUUUGAUAUUUCCAUGAAAUACGAAAUGAAAUAAAAUAAAACAAUUUCGAAAUUACCAAUUAAUAAUCAAAGUUACAAUGUUACAGUUAAUACUUUAAGUAUUAUAUUCCAAAAGUGAAAUUAGAAAAAUGAUAUACUUUUUUUAUAAUUAUCUUUAAUGCUUAGCAACAAGUUUCUUAUAAUAUAUAAACUAUAUAAUAGAUAUAAUAAACUAUAUUUAUAAAACUAUUUAAUUAUCUAAAUAAUUUAGCAAAUUAGAUAAAUUCCAAUUAUAAAAAACUAUUUCACUAUCAAAAUACAAAAAAGCAUAUGAAAGCAUAAUGAAUUUUGAAUAUUCAUAAAAAUUCUUUUUUUUAAAAAUUCUAAUUGUAUCAUCAAUAAGAACAUUUUAAUGGUUUGUUUCCAAUGCAUGAAAGAUUAUUUAGUUAUAUAUUAAUAAUAGCACACAAGCUAAAAAAAGUCUUGAAAGAAUCAAAUUAGUUAUAUAAUGCUCCAAAAUUAUCAAUUAUUUAAUAAUUAAUAUUUUUAAACAAGCAUAAUUUUUAAAUGAAUACAUUCUAAUAUUAAAAACUAUUAUAUAUUAUUUAUUCUUAUUAAUAAUUAAAGGAUUAUAGGAAAAAAUUUUUAAAAUAUGAAGCUUUAAAUCGAAGUUCAGUUUAAUAUUUUAAAUAAUUUUAUUAAAAUAAAAGACAAAUUUAAAAAAAAAUUACAUAAAGAAUAUCAUUAAAUGAUGAAUUAUAUUAUAAAAACAUCUUUAUUUCAUAUUUAAAAAUAUAAAUUUUUAAUCAAACUAAAUAACUAUUAUCUAAAUUAUGAAAAUGUGGAAUUUUAUUUAUAAUUAAAUAUCUGAUGUCAAUUUGGCACAAUUUUAUACAAAUAAAUUUUCAUAAAUGUAAUUCUUAUUAUCUUAAUUAAUUAUAUAAUGAUCUUUUGUACUCUUCUUAUAUAAUAGAACAUAAUAGAAAAUUCAUAGAAUAUUCAUUUAUAUGUUAAACAAAUAUCAAACAGCAUUUCUGUAUAAUAUUCACUAAAAAUUCUUAAUAUAAUAAUUACAUGUAUAAAAUGUAUAUUACUAUUAUUUUAUCUAAAAAUCAUAAAUAACAUAAGAAAAUACAUUAAAAUUUUUAUAUUUGUAAUUAUUAGUGUAUUUCAUACAUAAUCAAUAAAUAAAAAUUAAUUCUAAAAUGUAA